UUCGAUUGACUGUUGUCGAGUGUAUUGCAAACAAAUCUAUCUUAGAAGAGUACUUAAACUACUCUUAUACUGUCACUUCAGUACACGCGACUUUCAGAAAGGUUCAUAAACGGGACAGUUGUCAGCUAUGUCAUCUUCACCCGAUCCGACUGAUGCCAAGACAGAGCCCCCGAAGAGUGCUGGUUACAAAAGUCCAGGAUUGAGAGGAAUCCGAACCACCAGUCUCUUCCGAGCUGUUAAUCCAGAGCUCUUCAUUAAACCUAAUAAACCUGUGAUGGCUUUUGGACUGCUGACCAUAACACUAUGUGUGAGUUACAUUGCUUAUUUGAAUGCCACUGCUGAAAACAAAGCAGAUUUAUAUGAAGCAAUUGACAGUGAAGGAACAAGGUACAUGAGACAAAAGACUUCAAAGUGGGAAUGAAAUACCAGAUGAAAACAGACAAGCAAUAUUGCUGCCAUCAACCUGAAACUGUAUAAAUGUUAUUAGUAUUAUGUAGUUACAACAUGCAGCUAAGAAUAUAUGAAACAAAUCAGUGCCUCCAGUGUCCUAAUGACGUUGAGCCAACUUCUUAGUUAAUUUUUCGAUUACUUUAGAUUCCCAAAUAAUGUAUAAAUGUAUAAUUCAGUCUUCAGCUAUAGCACCUUCUUGGGAAUUGUAUUCAAAUUAUUACAUUGUACAGUAAUAACAUUUGAAUUUAAGAAUUCCUCCAAUUUCUUGCAUGUGAUACCAUUUACCUAAUGUACCUUCUUUUGAAGCGUGUGAGUUCCUCUUUCUGUUAUCAAAGCAGUAAGGAGUGUCAUUAUUUUAUGGAGAACUGUGAGUGAAAGAGACAAAGGGAAAAUAACUGUUUGAGAGUCUGUGCCACUCUGGUCAAACAGAUUUAGCAGAUUAUUCUCAGUCUGCCAUUAUGAAAAGCUCGAUCUUUAAACAAAACUUUCUUCUUAUCUGCAGCCUAAAAUUUUUAAGCUGCCUCUCAAUUUGCUUGUAAUUUUUUUUGGAGACCUUUGCUUUUCAUCUUCACUGCUAAAUUUCUUGACACCCAGAUUUUUCUGUUCAAAUCCAUGUUUGUUGUGUCAAGCGUACUUGCUGCUAAUGAACACAAUAUUUUGAAAAUAAACCACAAUUCCAUUAGCAUCUGAAGAGAAGAAAACAAAUUGUACACUCCAGUUAGGUGCCCUUAGUUACAACUGCCCAAGUUCUGAAUCAAUUGAAGAUACCUGCUUUGGGAUAAUUACAUUCAAGAUCACAUAAAAUAAAGAUUAUGUUUUGUUUAA